UUGUCAAACUUUCGUUGUACAUUCUAGUAUCAAUAUAUAUCUAUGUAUGUGACCAUAUACAUUGCAAGAACACCAAGAGACACACACUAAGAUCAUGGAUGAAACUCAUCUUUUCUUCAUUUCUUUUUUCUGUUUGCUUCCUCUCAUAUAUCUUGUCAAAUUUCUUACACACCAAAAGGGGAAAAACCUUCCACCAAGUCCACCUUCUAUCCCAAUAAUUGGCCAUCUUCAUCUUAUCAAUGGACAUGCUCAUAGAGUGUUACAACACCUUUCUUCCAAGUAUGGUCCUAUCAUGGCUCUACGGUUCGGCUCACGUCCUGUCGUUUUCAUAACCUCACCAUCAGCAGUCGAAGAAUGUUUCACUAAAAACGAUAUUGUUUUAGCCAAUAGACCACUUCUACUAAGUGGCGAGUAUCUCGACUACAACCAGUCCACAGUUGGGGCUGCACCGUAUGGUCAACUUUGGAGAGAUCUUCGUCGCAUUAUGACCCUUGAACUUUUCUCAACAGCUCGACUAAAAUCUUACACUGGUGUCCGAGAAGAUGAAGUUAGAUCAUUGAUCAAGAAUCUUUAUCGAGAUUCUUUUCAAAAUUUUACAAAAGUAGAAAUGAGGUCCAGAAUUCAAGGGUUAUCAUUUAACAUAGUCAUGAAAAUGAUUGCUGACAAACGGUUCUAUGGGUCUGGCAUAGAGGACCUUGAGGAGGCUAGUCGAUUUAGGGAUGUAAUAAGGGAUGUUUUUGAGGUCAGUGGUGCAUCAAAUCCUGGAGAUUUCAUUCCAUUUUUAAAAUGGAUAGAUUUUCAGGGUUUCGAGAAGAGGUUAAUGAAACUGCAUAAGAAAUGCGAUAGGUUUUCGCAGAAAUUGAUAGAUGAUAUUAGGACUAAACGGUGUGGUUCUUCGUCGGAUGAAGGAAAUGACAUGACAUUCAUAGAUGCUAUGCUUUCUUUGCAGGAAUCAGAACCAGCAUACUACACUGAUGAUAUAAUCAAAGGCAAUAUAUUGACAUUGCUACAAGCGGGGACAGACACUUCAUCCGUAACUAUAGAGUGGGCUAUGGCGCUUUUACUUAAUCAUCCUGAAGUAUUAGAGAGAGCUAGAACAGAACUUGAUAAUUAUAUUGGACAAGAACGUAUGGUGGAAGAGGCUGAUCUUACCAAUUUACCAUACAUCCAAUGCAUCAUCAAUGAAACAUUAAGACUAUUCCCGGCAGGGCCGUUGUUAGUGCCACAUGAGCCAUCACAAGAUUGCACCAUUGGAGGGUUCGAUGUGGCUCGCGGCACCAUGGUGUUGGUUAAUGCAUGGGCCAUCCAUAGGGACCCAAUUGUUUGGGAUGACUCAUUAAGUUUCAAGCCAGAGAGGUUUGAGAAUAUGGCAAACGAGGGGUAUCGUUUUAUACCGUUUGGUAUGGGUCGUCGACAAUGUCCUGGAUCAAGUCUAGCAAAUCGAGUUAUGGGGUUAGCUUUGGCAUCUUUGAUUCAGUGCUUUGAAUGGGAAAGGGUUAGUAAUGAGUUGGUGCGUUUGUUAGAAGGAAAAGGUCUAACCAUGCCGAUAGAUGAGCCAUUGGAGGCAAUGUGUAGAGUACGACAGAGAAUGGGUCAUAUUCUGAAAGAAAUAUGAGACUUAUCUCAUAAAUAAAAAAAUUCAUAUAGUUAAAAUCACUUGCAUCAUUUGCCCAUAACAUGUGGGUAUGUAUGAAGUCUUGUCAUGAAAGCUGGUUCAUUCAACUCUAUUAUAAUAUAAUAUUAUUUUGAUGUA